GAGCUUCCGUCAAUGUGAGGAGGAAGUGAGUGAAAAGAGAAAACGGAGCAAUCGAGCGGAGCGGCCGAAGCGGGCGAGCCAGGGCUAAAAAACAUCACUCAACUCGUCUUGACUACCCGGGCUAACUUUAGCUACAUGUGCUGAGGUCGAGGGGGGAAACUGAUCUCACCUGCAACCAUGCCGACAGUUACUUUACCGCCGAAAGAGAACGCUCUCUUCAAGAGGAUCCUGCGAUGUUACGAACACAAACAAUACAGAAAUGGGCUGAAGUUCUGCAAACAAAUCCUGUCCAACCCCAAGUUUGCUGAGCAUGGAGAGACCCUGGCAAUGAAAGGCUUGACCCUGAACUGUUUGGGGAAGAAGGAGGAGGCAUACGACCUGGUGAGGAGAGGCCUGCGCAAUGACCUCAAGAGCCAUGUCUGCUGGCAUGUGUACGGUUUACUCCAGCGCUCGGAUAAGAAGUACGAUGAGGCCAUCAAGUGUUACCGCAACGCUCUCAAGUGGGACAAGGACAACCUGCAGAUCCUCCGAGACCUGUCCCUGCUGCAGAUCCAGAUGAGGGACCUGGAGGGCUACAGGGAGACACGGUACCAGCUGCUGCAGCUGCGUCCAGCCCAGCGGGCUUCCUGGAUCGGCUAUGCCAUCGCCUAUCACCUCCUGGAAGACUAUGAGAUGGCAGCAAAGAUCAUUGAGGAAUUCAGGAAAACACAACAGACGUCUCCGGACAAAGUGGACUACGAGUACAGCGAGCUCCUGCUCUACCAGAACCAGGUGCUGAGAGAAGCAGGUUUGCACAAGGAGGCCCUCGAGCAUCUGUCCAACUACGAGAAGCAGAUCUGCGAUAAACUGGCAGUGGAGGAGACACGAGGAGAGUUACUGUUGAAGUUGGAGCGUCUGGAUGAAGCAACAGAAGUCUACCGCCGUCUGCUGGAGAGGAACCCAGAGAACUGGUCCUAUUAUCACGGCCUGGAGAAGGCGCUCAAACCAAGUACUGUAGAGGAGAGAUACAAAAUCUUUGAAGAAGCCUGGGAGAAAUUUCCCAAAGGGUUGGUGCCUCGCCGCCUACCCCUCAACUUCCUUUCUGGUGACAAGUUCAGAGAGUGUCUGGACAGGUAUCUGAGGAUGAACUUCAGUAAAGGCUGCCCGCCCGUCUUCACCACGCUCAAAUCGCUGUACAACGACAAAGAAAAGGUGGCAAUUAUAGAGGAACUGGUGGUCGGCUAUGAAACCUCAUUAAAAAGCUGCCGAAUGUUCAACCAGAACGAUGACGGUAAGGAGGAGCCUCCAACCACAUUGCUCUGGGUGCAGUACUUCCUGGCACAGCACUAUGACAUGAUUGGCCAGCAGACACUGGCUCUAGAAUAUAUCAACACGGCCAUCGAGAGCACGCCCACGCUCAUCGAGCUCUUCCUCAUCAAAGCCAAGAUUUACAAGCAUGCUGGCAACAUCAAAGAGGCUGCCCAGUGGAUGGAUGAGGCCCAGGCUCUGGACACUGCUGACAGAUUCAUCAACUCAAAGUGUGCCAAGUACAUGCUGAAGGCGACCAUGAUCAAAGAGGCCGAGGAAAUGUGCUCCAAGUUCACCCGGGAGGGAGCGUCCGCAGUGGAGAACCUGAAUGAGAUGCAGUGUAUGUGGUUCCAGACUGAGUGCGCGCUCGCCUACAAAGCCAUGAACAAGUUUGGAGACGCCCUGAAGAAGUGCCAUGAGAUUGAGAGGCAUUUUGUGGAGAUCACAGACGAUCAGUUUGAUUUCCACACUUACUGCAUGCGGAAGAUGACGCUACGCUCAUAUGUGGACCUGCUGAAGCUGGAGGAUGUGCUCCGGAUGCACCCGUUCUACUACAAGGCCGCAAUCACGGCCAUCCAGAUCUACCUGAGCCUCCACGACAAUCCGCUGACGGAUGACAGCAAAGAGCUGCAGGCGGACACUGCUAACCUGUCGGACAAAGAGCUGAAGAAGCUGAGGAACAAGCAGCGAAGAGCCCAGAAGAAGGCCCAGCUGGAGGAAGAGAAGAAGAAUGCGGAGAAGGAGAAGCAACUCAAGAACCAGAAGAAGAAGAAGGAGGAUGACGACGAGGAGAUCGGAGGGCCCAAAGAAGAGCUCAUUCCUGACAAGCUGGUGAAGGUAGAAAAUCCACUGGAAGAAGCCAUCAAGUUCCUGACGCCUCUCAAACACCUGGUCAAAGACAAGAUUGACACCCACCUACUGGCCUUUGAGAUCUACUUCAGGAAAGAAAAAUACCUGUUGAUGCUCCAGUCAGUGAAGAGAGCUUUGGCAAUCGACCCCGACCACCCAUGGCUGCACCAGUGUCUCGUACGCUUCUUUAAAGGAGUUUCAGAGAGCAAGGAGCUUCCAGAGGUGGUCAGGACGGUGCUGAAGCAGGAGAUCACCCGGCUGUUCGGAGACAGCAACGCUAAGAGCUUCAACCAGGCCUACCUCACCAAGCACUCCAACUCCAUACCACACCGACUGGCUGCUGCGAAGAUGAUGGUGUAUCUGGACUCCUCGAUGCAAACGAAAGCAGCAGAACUGGCCGGUGCACUGGAUGAGUCCCUGAACAACAGAACCAUACAGAUCUGCACAGAGGUCCUCGAGUGUCUUCGCAGUGGCGCCCUGGGCGACUGUAAGGAGCACGCCGAGUCGUACCGCGCCGAGUGCCACAAGCUUUAUCCCUACACGUUAGCUUUCAUGCCCCCCGGAUACGAGGAGAACACCAAGAUCGCCAACGGAGACGUUUCCACGGAAACGGAGGAGCUAGCCAACGAGAUGUGAGCACGGCAGUACAGCAGCGGAUGAGAAAAGGAACUGGGCCGAGCACGGAGCCUUGUGGUACGCCUGCGGCAGCCAUUUUUGUAGAGCCGGACACAGGAAGCGAAAAAUGGGUGUUUCGUCCUCA